GAAAUUGCACAAGAGAGGAAUAGGAAUCAAGACCAGCAAGCGGGUGAUUUUAAUUUAAUUACUCAAGUGAAAAUCGUGUGGAAGGCAGCCCAGGAUAAAAGGAAACCAGCUGUCCUGUGCCUUGUGGAACAGAAUUUCUUUACCAACCUUUGUCCUAGUUUGAAGCCGGCUGUGGUGGGACAAUUUAUUAUGGAGAAGCCUUCUUGAACUCGACCUGCGUAUUGGCAAACCACUUGAAAUAUUGCAACCCGCAGGACUGGCCGGUCUGUGUUUUUUUUUCCAUUGUAUGAAAACCGAUCUGAGGUCAGUAACUGUUUCUCUUCCUCAUAAACUUCUUUCCUCUAUUGUGAAAUCUUUGCUGUUGUCACCAUGCCUCACGAUAUCAACUCUGCACAACGAUCACCGGCUCGCCUACCCCUGCCCAAUAAGGGUGGCCUGUAUCCCAUUAUCAAUCGCAACAAAGAUGUCAUCAAAGCCAAGAGUGAGGUCUUUCAGUUCCUGAAGAAGGAGUGCCUGAGGAAGGGUGUCCUCUUUGAAGAUCCGGAAUUCCCUGCAGAUGAAUCCUCUCUAUUUUACAGCCAGUUUUUGCCUUUCAAGCUGGAGUGGAAAAGACCCCCAGAACUCUGUGAGAAUCCAAAGUUCAUCAUCGGUGGAGCCUCAAGGACUGACAUCUGUCAAGGAGAUUUGGGUGACUGCUGGUUCCUGGCAGCCAUUGCUUGCCUGACCCUCAAUGAGAAACUGCUGUACCGCGUCAUCCCGAGGGAUCAGUACUUCACUGAGAACUAUGCUGGGAUCUUCCAUUUCCAGUUCUGGCGUUUCGGUGAGUGGGUGGAUGUUGUCAUUGAUGAUCGAAUCCCUACAUUCAACAACCAUCUGGUAUUCACCAAAUCAGCUGAGCGCAACGAGUUCUGGAGUGCCCUACUGGAGAAGGCCUAUGCCAAGUUGCAUGGAUCCUACGAGGCUCUGAAAGGUGGAAACACAACCGAAGCAAUGGAGGAUUUCACCGGCGGAGUCACUGAGUUCUUUGAGAUGAGGGGAGCCCCCAAAGAUAUGUACAAGAUAAUGAAAAAGGCGACAGAAAGAGGGUCCCUCAUGGCCUGCUCCAUUGAUUCCUUCGUACCCCUGCAGUUCGAGACGCGGUUGCCCAGCGGCCUGGUCAAAGGUCACGCCUACUCAGUAACCGGUGUGGACGAGGUCACUCACAGAAAUCAGAAAGUGAAGUUGGUGCGUUUGAGGAACCCAUGGGGAACGGUUGAGUGGAAUGGGCCCUGGAGUGAUAAGGCCCGGGAGUGGUCUGAGAUUGACAAAUCGCAAAAGCAACGGCUGCAACAUCAAAUGAAAGAUGAUGGAGAGUUUUGGAUGGCUUUUGAUGAUUUCAAGAGGAACUACACAAAGCUGGAGAUCUGCAACCUGACGCCAGAUGCACUGGACGAUGACAAGCUCCACAAGUGGACGGUGUCCAUCAAUGAGGGGCGGUGGGUAAGGGGCUGUUCGGCUGGAGGCUGCCGAAACUAUCCCGACACCUUCUGGACCAACCCACAGUACCGGCUGAAGCUGUUUGAAGAGGAUGAUGAUCCGGACAAUGAUGAGGUCCUCUGUACGUUUCUCGUUGCUCUGAUGCAAAAGAACCGCCGUAAGGAGCGCAAAAUUGGGGUCAAUUUUCAUACCAUUGGUUUCGCUAUUUAUGAGGUGCCAAAGGAGAUGCAUGGCAAUAAGCAGCACCUUCCCAAAGAUUUCUUCCUCUACCACGCCUCCAAAUGCAGGUCAAAGUCAUACAUUAACCUGAGGGAGAUAUCGGACCGCUUCAGACUUCCCCCAGGCGAAUAUGUGAUCAUUCCUUCCACUUAUGAACCACAUCAGGAGGGCGAGUUUGUUCUCAGGGUCUUCUCGGAGAAACAGAACCUGUCAGAGGAAACUGAGAACCAGAUCAAAACUGACGAUCCUAAGCCAAUCAUCUUUGUUUCUGAUAGAGCUCAGGACAAUGUAGACUCGGAGAAGGAAGAAAAGGAGAAAAGAACGGAAGUCAAGAAAAAGAUCAAGCCUUUGCCAGUGACGUCCAACAAGGAGACUGAGGAGGAUCUACAGUUUCGCCGUAUCUUCAGACAGAUUGCUGGGGACGACAUGCAGAUCUCGGCAGCUGAACUGAAGAGCAUCCUAAACCGUGUUGUUAAAAAACACAAUAUGAAAACUGAAGGGUUUGCUUUGGAGUCUUGUCGCAGUAUGGUUGCCCUGAUGGAUACAGAUGGAUCUGGAAAGCUGAAUCUGACGGAGUUUAAACAUCUAUGGAACAAGAUUAAGCAAUGGCAGGCAAUUUUUCAGGAAUAUGACAAGGAUAAUUCGGGACUGAUUGACAGCUAUGAACUGCGGAGUGCUGUGAAUGAUGCAGGCUUCCGCCUCAACAGCCAUUUGUAUGAGCUCAUCUCCAUGCGCUACGCCGAUCUAAGUAUGAAUGUGGACUUCGACAGCUUCAUCUGUUGCAUUUUGAGACUGGAGGGCAUGUUCAGAGCUUUCCAUGCAUUUGAUAAAGAUGGAGAUGGAAUUAUUAAACUGAAUGUCCUAGAGUGGUUGCAGCUCACCAUAUAUGCUUAAGGCUCUCAGGAUUCGUGGGCCUGGCUAUUACCUCAACUCAACGUGCAAACCUCAAUAGCACAAUACAAAAAGCCAAGCUCUUCUGUGUUCAAGGCGAUCAGGCGAAACACUGUUGGCAGUAUGAAACUGCCAGAUCAGCUCUUAUUUCACUUCGUUUGCAUGUGUGUGUGUGUGUGAGAACCUUUGGAACUGGAAGUGCCUGAAACCAAUUUAAAAUGAUGUUGCCUUUAUUGAUCUUGUAAGAGUUUUCCAAUACACCCACUAUUCUAUCCUCUCCUGGCCAGUGGGAGGGUAUAUUUGAUAUUAAGUAAAAGGUCCCUGAUUCACUGUUUGGUUUGCAAUGAGUAAAUGGAUCUCACAGCUCAUUGAGUCACUAGAGUUGGUCUCAGCAACCCAGGUUCAAGGAGGGAAAUUAUCAGUCAUAGCUUUCUUUAAUCUAGGGAUCCUUCUGGAGCAGGGCAUGUUUAGAAAAUAAUGCAGGCCUAUGAUUAAUGUUUCUGCUCUGCCAUUCAUUAUUAUAAUCGCUAUGGCGACAAUUUAAGUGAUUAGAGAUCCUGGCAUUUGAAACAUACCCCUAUAUUGUCAUUGCAGCCAUCAUUAUAGAAUGUUACUAGUUACAGGACUUCCCAGGCCACCAAUGAAUUCUGUUUACAGAUGCCCGUAAGUCGAUUUGUCCGUAAAUUGGAAAAUACGCAAAAGCCACUCAAAGUGACAACUAUACCAUCAUAGUAUUGUAUUGAACAGCAUCAAGGGCACAGAGAAAAAGUCAAUUACUAGAAGUUGUUAGAAAGAAGAAACUGAUUCUGGCAUUCGUAGGAACAAACACAUGUACACGCGUUGGGCUUUUGAAUUUAACAAUAUUGUGGGAGCUCAUUUGUAUGUGGAGAUGUCUAUCAUUCAGGCAUUUGUAACCCAGGAUUGGUCUGUAUAAGAAUUGAUACCAGGGGUAUGAUAAAUAGCUCUUAUACUGUCUAUAAAUUCCAAAAUACAUUAUUUCUGUGUUAUUUAAUGAUGGUUUGUUUCCUUGAGUUCUGUUUGUUCAUAUAAGUGCUUGAUGUAACACAUGCAUUUCACAAACUUCUUAGACCACUGAGAAUUUGUAUUAAAAUGCUGUGAUGUAAUGUUGAGUAAUGAGCAAGUGAAGCUGAUAGUGUUCCCCUGUUCCUUCCCUCCGCAAGUACUGAUUAAGACUUGAUUUGCUCACGCCAAGCAGCGGUGUCGAGUCAUUUAGCAUGUAAAGUUUACUUGGGGGAGGCAUCCCCUAAAUCAAGUGCCAGCUUCCCUCAUAAUCUCUGAAGAGGGACUGGGCAAUAAUUUCCACCCCCCCCCCCCCACUUUCUCUGUCCCAGGGAUGUUACUGUGCUAUCCGGCCCAAUACAAACAAGAAAUUAUGUAAAAACUCCUAUGCUAGACUGCCCUCUGAACCACUGAAUAGUUCAAGACGGAGAUAGACUUGAAGAAGGAAUUGGAAAUAAUCCACAGAACCUGAAAUUUGCAAGCAAAGCCAAGCAAAUUACAACAUUUUGAAGCAUCUGAAUGAAUGCUUGAAUCGACAAGGCGCUGAAGACUACUGACCAUGUGCUGGUAAAUGGUAUCAGUACAGAUAGGUCCUUAAUGGUUGGCACAGAUGUGGUGGGGCUGAAGAGUUUGUUUCUGUGUCUUAUAACUCUAUUGGUUGAUAUAAGUGGUUGCCCUCCACACUGCACAGCUCUAAUGUUGCAUCUGGGGCUUUCAGUGAGGACUGUAACUUUUUUUCUCUCUGGUAACUAUGCUGUUGAUUAAGUGUGAGUUUGCUGGCAACAGAUUAUGAGAGGGAAAUUCAUCUUCCCUGGUCCAGGAAGAUUGAGAUUGAUUGUGGAGAUGCAACUGCAAUAAAACAGCUUGGA